UUGUUAAAAAAAAGAAAAACUGAUUUCAUCUGUGAAAUGAAUCAUCAGCAGCAACAGUAGUAAAUAAUUUUUUUUUAUAAAAAACAACUUUGUGGAACAAUUAAAAUAAUGUUUAAUAACUUUUUUGGAAAACAACCUACGGUAAAGGAGCAACAACGUGAAAAUGAUCGAAAUCUUCGCAAAGCAAGUCGAGAUAUCGAACGAGAACGUCGCAAACUAGAAGACGAAGAAAAAAAGCUAGAACUCGAAAUCCGUAAGAAUGCCCAAGCUGGAAAUAAUGAUGUGUGUAAAAUUCUAGCCAAACAAUUGAUCGAGAUAAGAAAGCAAAAAAGUCGAACAUUUGCUGCAAAUAGUAAAAUCACUUCGAUUGGUUUCCAAAAUAAAACAAUUGGCUCGAAUAUUGCUUUGGCCGAUGCCAUGAGUACAACAUCAAAGACCAUGGCCGACAUGAAUAAGGUAAUGCGUCCCGAAGCUAUAGCAGCUAGUAUGCGUAACUUCCAACAAGCUAAUAUGAAGAUGGAAAUGACUGAUGAAAUGAUAAAUGAUACAUUGGAUGAUAUGUUAACCGAAUCGGGUGAUGAAGAUGAAAGUAAUGCUGUUGUCAAUAAGGUGCUCGAUGAGAUUGGUAUUGAAAUAUCUGGAAAGAUGGCAAACAUUCCAUCGGCAGGCGGAGAGCUUGAAUCGAAUAAAACAUCUGAGAAGGAUAUUGCUGCUCAGUUGGCUAAGCUAAGGUCAACAUAAACCUGCAUUGUUUUUUUUCUUUAUUUUGUAGGUAUUACUUUUUUGAUGUUGUUUGUAUGGGGAAAAUUUAUGUUAUUAUGUAAAAUAAAAAAAAAACGCCUUAAUCUUUA